GGCCGGGACGCCGGACCCGCAGCCUCGCUCGCCCGCUCGCUCGCGCCGCCCGUCCGCGGGGCCGCCAGCCCCCGCCGGGCCAGGGCCAUGCAGGAGAGCCAGACCAAGAGCAUGUUCGUGUCCCGGGCCCUGGAGAAGAUCCUAGCCGACAAGGAGGUGAAGCGGCCCCAGCACUCCCAGCUGCGCAGGGCCUGCCAGGUGGCGCUCGAUGAAAUUAAAGCAGAAAUAGAAAAGCAGAGGCUUGGCGCUGCCGCACCACCAAAGGCAAACUUCAUUGAAGCUGACAAGUAUUUCCUUCCAUUUGAGCUGGCUUGCCAGUCCAAGUCCCCACGAGUAGUCAGCACAUCCCUCGACUGUUUGCAGAAACUCAUUGCAUAUGGACAUAUCACCGGCAACGCCCCGGACAGCGGAGCUCCCGGGAAGCGGCUGAUCGACAGGAUCGUUGAAACUAUUUGCAAUUGUUUUCAGGGCCCUCAGACAGAUGAAGGAGUUCAGUUACAAAUAAUCAAGGCUCUUCUGACAGCGGUGACAUCCCCGCACAUUGAAAUUCAUGAGGGCACUAUCCUGCAGACGGUUAGGACAUGUUACAAUAUCUAUUUGGCCAGCAAAAAUCUCAUCAAUCAAACCACUGCCAAGGCUACCCUUACUCAGAUGCUGAACGUCAUUUUCACCCGCAUGGAAAACCAAGUGUUGCAGGAGGCCAGAGAAUUGGAAAAACCAAUCCAGUCGAAACCCCAGUCCCCUGUGAUCCAAGCUGUAGCAGUGUCCCCAAAGUUCAGUCAUUUGAAGCAGAGCCAGGUGCAGAGCAAACCAACAACUCCUGAAAAGACAGACUUAACCAACGGUGAACAUGCCAGCAGUGGUUCUGGAAAAGUGAGCUCAGAGAACGGAGACGCGCCCAGAGAAGGAGGCCCAUCCCUGUCAGGGCCUGAUGCUGGAGCUCAGGAGGUGGUGAAGGAGAUCUUAGAAGAUGUAGUCACGUCUGCCAUUAAAGAAGCAGCGCAGAAGCACGGUCUGAUGGAACCUGAGAGGGUCCUGGGCGAACUGGGCUGCCAGGAAUGUGCCGUUUCCCCAGCAACUGAUGAGAACUCACAGACCAACGGGAUAGCGGACGAUAGGCAGUCCUUGUCGUCGGCGGAUAAUCUGGAAUCAGAUACACAAGGACAUCAAGUGGCUGCUAGGUUCUCUCACAUUCUGCAGAAGGAUGCCUUCCUCGUGUUUCGCUCCCUUUGCAAGCUGUCCAUGAAACCCCUUGGUGAAGGCCCCCCAGACCCAAAAUCGCAUGAGCUGCGUUCCAAGGUGGUCUCGCUGCAGCUGCUCCUGUCCGUGUUGCAGAAUGCUGGCCCCGUCUUCCGGACUCACGAGAUGUUCAUCAAUGCAAUCAAGCAAUAUCUCUGUGUGGCGUUGUCCAAAAACGGCGUCUCUUCAGUGCCUGAUGUCUUUGAGCUCUCUCUUGCCAUCUUUCUUACACUUCUUUCCAACUUUAAAAUGCACUUGAAAAUGCAGAUAGAGGUCUUUUUCAAAGAGAUUUUCCUGAACAUUUUAGAAACAUCCACAAGUUCUUUUGAGCACAGGUGGAUGGUCAUUCAGACUCUGACAAGGAUCUGUGCAGAUGCCCAGUGUGUUGUAGAUAUUUAUGUCAACUACGACUGUGAUUUAAAUGCUGCUAACAUUUUUGAGCGCCUCGUAAAUGAUUUAUCCAAAAUCGCUCAGGGAAGAAGUGGACAUGAGCUGGGAAUGACACCUCUGCAGGAGCUCAGUCUGAGGAAGAAAGGCCUGGAGUGCCUUGUGUCCAUUCUCAAGUGCAUGGUGGAAUGGAGCAAAGACCUGUAUGUGAAUCCCAACCACCAGACCAGCCUCGGUCAGGAGAGGCCCACAGAUCAGGAGAUGGGGGAUGGGAAAGGCCUUGACAUGGCGAGACGGAGCAGCGUGACAUCCAUGGAGUCCACGGUGUCCUCAGGGACCCAGGCGGCCGUCCAGGAUGAUCCGGAGCAGUUUGAGGUCAUCAAGCAACAAAAGGAGAUCAUUGAACAUGGCAUCGAGCUGUUCAACAAGAAACCCAAGAGAGGCAUCCAGUUUCUCCAGGAGCAGGGCAUGCUGGGAACGUCAGUUGAAGACAUUGCCCAAUUCCUGCAGCAGGAGGACCGCCUCGAUUCUACCCAAGUAGGUGAAUUUCUGGGAGACAGCACGAGGUUCAACAAGGAGGUGAUGUAUGCCUACGUGGACCAACUUGACUUUUGUGAAAAGGAGUUUGUCUCAGCCCUGCGGACAUUUCUAGAAGGUUUCCGCCUACCUGGGGAAGCCCAGAAGAUUGAUCGGUUAAUGGAGAAAUUUGCUGCAAGAUACAUAGAGUGCAACCAGGGGCAAACUCUGUUUGCUAGUGCUGACACUGCGUAUGUCCUCGCAUAUUCAAUUAUUAUGCUGACUACAGACCUGCACAGCCCUCAGGUAAAAAAUAAAAUGACAAAAGAGCAGUACAUUAAAAUGAAUCGGGGUAUCAAUGAUAGUAAAGAUCUACCAGAAGAAUAUCUCUCAAGCAUCUAUGAAGAGAUAGAAGGCAAGAAAAUUGCAAUGAAAGAAACAAAAGAGCAUAUAAUCGCAACCAAAUCUACUAAGCAGAAUGUAGCCAGUGAAAAGCAGCGACGGCUGCUGUACAAUUUGGAGAUGGAGCAAAUGGCUAAAACAGCCAAAGCUCUGAUGGAGGCUGUGAGCCACGCCAAAGCCCCGUUUACAAGUGCCACUCACUUGGACCACGUCCGGCCAAUGUUCAAACUGGUGUGGACACCGCUGUUGGCAGCCUAUAGCAUUGGACUGCAGAACUGUGAUGACACUGAAGUGGCCUCGCUGUGUCUGGAAGGCAUCCGAUGUGCAAUCCGGAUUGCCUGCAUCUUUGGAAUGCAGCUGGAACGAGAUGCCUACGUUCAGGCUCUUGCUCGCUUCUCCCUGCUGACGGCCAGCUCCAGCAUCACAGAAAUGAAGCAGAAGAACAUUGAUACCAUAAAGACGCUGAUUACGGUGGCUCACACCGAUGGCAACUACCUUGGGAAUUCCUGGCAUGAGAUCUUGAAAUGCAUCAGCCAGCUGGAGCUCGCUCAGCUGAUAGGAACCGGUGUGAAGACCCGCUACCUGUCUGGGUCUGGGCGUGAAAGAGAAGGGAGCCUGAAGGGCCACACGUUGGCGGGAGAAGAGUUUAUGGGCCUCGGCCUCGGUAAUUUGGUGAGUGGCGGAGUGGAUAAAAGACAGAUGGCCAGCUUCCAGGAAUCGGUUGGUGAAACCAGCUCACAGAGUGUGGUCGUAGCUGUAGACAGAAUUUUUACUGGAUCUACCAGACUGGAUGGGAAUGCGAUAGUUGACUUCGUCCGCUGGCUGUGUGCCGUGUCCAUGGACGAGCUGGCUUCCCCCCACCAUCCCCGCAUGUUCAGCUUGCAGAAGAUUGUGGAGAUAUCCUACUACAACAUGAAUCGGAUCCGACUGCAGUGGUCCCGAAUAUGGCAUGUGAUUGGAGAUCAUUUCAAUAAGGUUGGCUGUAACCCCAAUGAAGAUGUGGCUAUCUUUGCUGUUGACUCAUUAAGGCAACUCUCCAUGAAGUUUCUUGAGAAGGGAGAAUUAGCCAACUUCCGUUUCCAGAAAGAUUUUCUGAGGCCCUUUGAGCAUAUCAUGAAGAAAAACAGGUCUCCGACCAUCCGGGACAUGGUGAUUCGCUGCAUCGCCCAGAUGGUGAACUCCCAGGCGGCCAACAUCCGCUCGGGCUGGAAGAACAUCUUUGCUGUGUUCCACCAGGCAGCUUCAGAUCACGAUGGGAACAUCGUGGAGCUGGCCUUCCAGACUACAGGUCACAUCGUCACAACUAUUUUCCAGCACCAUUUUCCUGCAGCCAUCGAUUCCUUUCAGGAUGCUGUGAAGUGCUUAUCAGAGUUUGCCUGCAAUGCUGCAUUCCCGGACACCAGCAUGGAAGCGAUCCGGCUCAUCCGCUUCUGUGGGAAAUAUGUCUCCGAGAGGCCUCGGGUGCUACAGGAAUACACAAGUGACGACAUGAACGUGGCUCCUGGUGACAGAGUCUGGGUCCGAGGCUGGUUCCCCAUCCUUUUUGAGCUCUCCUGCAUCAUUAAUAGAUGCAAGCUAGAUGUACGGACAAGAGGACUCACGGUGAUGUUCGAGAUCAUGAAGAGCUAUGGCCACACCUUUGAAAAGCACUGGUGGCAGGACCUGUUCAGAAUCGUGUUCAGGAUUUUUGACAAUAUGAAGCUCCCUGAGCAGCAGUCGGAGAAAUCCGAGUGGAUGACAACAACUUGCAAUCACGCACUUUAUGCUAUUUGUGACGUAUUUACCCAGUUUUAUGAAGCUUUGAGUGAAGUUCUUCUUUCCGAUGUAUUUGCACAAUUGCAGUGGUGUGUAAAACAAGAUAAUGAGCAGUUGGCUCGGUCAGGUACAAAUUGCUUAGAAAACUUAGUAAUAUCCAACGGCGAGAAAUUCAGUCCUGAUGUUUGGGAUGAAACGUGCAAUUGUAUGUUGGAUAUUUUUAAAACAACCAUCCCACACGUUUUGCUGACGUGGAGGCCUGUAGGAAUGGAGGAAGAUUCAUCAGAAAAACAUUUGGAUGUGGAUCUGGACCGCCAGUCUUUAAGCAGCGUAGAUAAAAAUGCCUCUGAGAGAGGCCAGAGCCAACUCUCUAACCCGACCGAUGACAGCUGGAAAGGUAGACCAUAUGCAAAUCAGAAACUGUUUGCCAGCCUCCUCAUCAAGUGUGUGGUCCAGUUGGAAUUGAUACAGACCAUUGACAACAUCGUGUUCUACCCUGCAACGAGCAAAAAGGAAGAUGCAGAGCACAUGGUUGCUGCCCAGCAAGACACACUAGAUGCGGAUAUCCACAUAGAGACGGAGAAUCAGGGCAUGUAUAAGUGCAUGUCUUCCCAGCACCUCUUCAAGCUGUUGGACUGCUUGCAGGAGUCCCAUUCAUUCUCAAAGGCCUUCAACUCCAAUUACGAGCAGCGGACUGUCCUAUGGCGAGCAGGUUUUAAGGGCAAGUCUAAACCCAAUCUUCUAAAACAAGAAACCAGCAGCCUGGCCUGUUGUUUGAGGAUCCUUUUUCGAAUGUAUGUCGAUGAGAACCGCAGAGAUUCCUGGGCAGAAAUACAGCAGCGACUUUUAACCGUGUGCAGUGAGGCUCUGGCCUAUUUCAUCACGGUGAAUUCUGAAAGCCAUCGGGAGGCCUGGACAAGUCUCCUGUUGUUACUUCUAACAAAAACCCUCAAAAUAAACGAUGAAAAGUUUAAAGCACAUGCUUCAAUGUACUACCCCUACUUGUGUGAAAUUAUGCAGUUUGACCUGAUUCCUGAGCUCCGAGCAGUUCUGCGGAAGUUCUUCCUACGGAUAGGUGUUGUGUAUAAGAUAUGGAUUCCAGAAGAGCCAUCACAGGUACCAGGGACCCUGUCACCACUGUGGUAGCACUGGCUCCUGCGGGCCACUGCUGCAGCUCUGCAGAACGCUCACCAUGCCACUUCUGCCUGGAACACCUCGGGAAGAGUCAGAUUCAUAGAAACAGGGAGUCGGCAUCUUGGAGCUCAGAAUGGCCUGGGUAAAGAUGGCCUCUACGCUGGUCCCAUCAGAGGCCCUCACUAAGGCGUUGUGGUAUUUCAUUAAACUGUUGCAUACCCAGUUAACACAGUUGUUGGGGAGUCUGUUUCAUCUCUGUCAUUCCAUUUUACUGAUUGAACUGUCUGUCAAAUCCGUCAUCACACAUGCCGUCAUUUUCCAGCAAAGUCCCAUGAUUGGUGGUAAAUGUUUUGUCAGAGGAAGUCGUUCUCCUUGAAAAUACUGAACAUAGCUGUAUAGGUUCGUGAUUAUUAGAGAGUAUGUUAAUAAAAUUUCUUGUAACGGCUAAGUGCCACCUAACACAUGCUGGGUUUUUUGUUGUUUGAGUGUGUUAGAGAAGUUUGAGUGUUUUUGUCAGUUUUGAGUCAGCUGUAGUUAGAUUAGUUUGGGGAAAGGUAGGGGAAAAAAGGGUUUUUUUUUGUUUUAUUUUGUUAAUGUCUGAGUGAUUUUUAAAGUAUUUUAUAAGAAGAUAUUAUUGAAGAUUUGAUUGAAGGCAGAGUUUAGUAAUUAAGUUAGAAUUAAGAGCUUGCAAGGUUUAAAAAAAAUGUAGUACCUCCUGGCUCUCCCUGUUUUAGUAACUUGGGGAGAAAAAGUCUAUAGGAAAAAGCAAAAAAUUUAAUGAAGAUGAUUAGCCUUCCUUGAAGUAAGUAUUUGUGGAGGGGUAUUAAAUUAAAAUUACCAGAAUACAUUGUCCAUCUUAUACACUCUGAAAUCUAAUAUAUGAAGUAGUAAUGAAAAUGAAGUAGUAAUUUAAGAGUUAAUUUAUAUUUGAGUAAACCUUUUAUUUUUACCUCAGAAUAGUGAGCGUACUAAUUGUUAGAUCCCUGCUUCGCACAGUCCCCAUUAAUGGGCCCUCGAGAGAGGGAUAGUGACUGUGCGUGAGAAGGGUCGCCCAUGAGCCUCCUCAGCCACACGUCAUGAGUUGAACCAGAGUAGACUUGUGCUGUUGUGGGGCCAGCACAGCUGAACUGGCUCAUGGCGGGAGGUGGCAUGUGCCCAGUGCUUCCGUUAAUUUGAGCCUAGGAGCUGAAUUCUUUGGAAAGGUUAGAUUCUGGGGUCUUUAUUACAUUAAUGAUGGUGCAAUACUCUUAACUGCAGUAGAACUGAAUUCUGAUGCAGCUUAUUUAAAAGUGGGCAGUAUACAAAUGUGGCUCGAAGCCUGCAAGCAGUAUAUGUGGAAGCUUUAUUUAUUCUGAGUCAGUGAGAAAGAGCACACACACUUCAUUCUCUGCCCUCUCAUCCACUGCUCACCUAGAGCAGCAUCCAGCAUUAGAGAAAGUGUUACACAGAGUUAUAAAAACAUUCAGACUUCUACCUGUGCCCUUUAGUCCUGUAAAUUGGGUUCUAUUGAUGUCAACUCUGGUGCCUUAGAAGUUAGUAAGUUGGGAACCUAUCUAUAAAAUCGGAUAUUUUUUCUUUAUAGAGAAGGAUUUCUGGUGCUUUUGUUUACUAAGAGACCGAUUUCUUAAAUUUUUUUGUUUUUAACAGCCUUGAGAAAUGUUUGGUUUGGGCCAGCAGUACUCUGUCUACUUUUUUCCUUUCCCCCAAAGUGUUUUAAUUUCUCUACCAAAGAAAAAAAGAGCAGGUUUAGGUUUUUAUGUUAUUUACAUACGUCAAAGAGGAGCUGUAUAAUUCAGUGGGAAGGGACCGUGGGAGAGUAUUUUACUGUGAAUGGAAAAUGUUAGCACAUUUGACUGACUUGUCCUGGAAUCCGUCACAGCUUUACUCUGCAACGUGGAACUUACGUUCUAAGACUUACUCCCUGGGACUGUAGCUCGUCACAGCCUCAGCAAGUCAGUCACCUCCAUCAACAAUUUGUACUAAAGGUAUAAAUGAGAAACACACGUGCUCGUUCAUACUUACAUUUUCUAUACAGCUGCGUCCCUGAUUGGAGAUUUUUCCUUUCCUUCUGAGGUUCUCAUGUGACAUUUUCUGCAUCGAAUGUGACCGCGAGACUCUUCCAGUGUAUUCCUACUUUUAAUUUUUGCCUGCUCUUGCAGAGCAGGAAAUGUGUAAGCGCAUUUUGUUACUUGCUGAAACAUUCAGGUUUUAAUUUCUUUUUAACUUUGUCUUUUAAAAGAUUUGAUUUUCUGAAUGAGGCAUUUGAAUUGUACCAGCAUGGACCUUUAAAAAACUGGAUGUAGGGGCCGGUGCUGUGGCGUAGUGGUUAAGUGCACGCACUCCGCUGCUGGCAGCCCGGGGUUCGGAUCCCGGGCGCGCACCGACACACCACUUGUCAGGCUGUGCUGUGGCAGCGUCCCAUAUGAAGUGGAGGAAGACGGGCACGGAUGUUAGCCCAGGGCCAGUCUUCCUCAGCAAAAAGAGCAGGAUUGGUGUGGAUGUAAGCUCAGGGCUGAUCUUCCUCACAAAAAAAAAAAAGAAAAAACUGGAUAUAAAACCAUUUUAGGGUAGUUUUUCUUGUCAGUGGACCGUGAUGUACAGAGGACAUCCCUUACCUUCAGUAAUAAGCCAUUCAGCCUACUUCUAUUUUGUGAAUAAAUCUAUUCUAUCUCAUGGUGAACGUGGCUUGUGCCACUCAAACACUAGUGAAAAGGGUGUGGGUGACUCUGCAGCACUGGGCCAGGACACCAUUUACAGUUAUGAACACAGCUAUGGACAAGAGGGAAGCAUUUCCAAGGCCUUAUUUCUUUCUCAGAAUGCUUUAAGUGUUGAUUAUAUGUGCUGGGUCUCUAGAGAAGUUUUUAUUUGUUACAAUAGUGCUGCUCUGAGCAAUUUUAUUUUCCUUCAUGGUCCUUUAGGGAAAUCACCAGCUUUGGCAUCUUAACAACAAACAGGGGAUGGGAACUUUUAUUUCUAAUGUGCAUCUUUAGAGUCAAAUACACCUUUUCCCUGUUACUCCUUGUGUACAACCAAAGAACAUACAUUAUGGAAAUUGUAUAAUAAUAUCUGGAAAUACAACACUUUCCUCUGACAGGGGACUUUUGUAUAAAAUGCAAAGAAAAACUAAACUUUUUUGUUGUUCUUUUGUGAUUAUGGCUGUACAUUUAGUAGUCUUCGUAAUUAUUAAAGGAACCUGCUGACAAAUGCUAGUGUGACCAUCUCAUUCAAAUGUUUGUUGUUACGAUGCAAACGGAUAUUGGUUUAAACAGAAGCUGGAUUCUAAAUACUGCAUCUUCUGCCUUGUUUUAAUAUUUGUGUUAAGGUAGACACAGCUUGAACUCAUGUGAAAUCCUGAAGUUUUGCUAUCAGCAGCUUUGUAGUUUUGGAAACAAAGAAACCAAAGCUGAAUAUUUAAAAGAAUGAAUAUAUCUGGAAAUCCUUGCUCUCAAAAAAAAGACACUCAUCAAAAGUGUGGUUUUCUCAGUGUUCUAAUUUUUAAAAAAUUUUAUCUGCAUAUUUGCAUCAAAUAUUUCUUUAUGUGCAAAAUGUAUGUUUUACCUCCUUAAAAUGCCUAAAAGUUAGUUAAUAGCUACUUUUGUUUAAUCUAUACACAAUGAUUAAGUGCAUUUAAUAUUGGUAAUUUAAUGAAAAGCAUUCCUUGCCCAAUGGAUGUAUACAUUUUUGAAAGAAUAGCAGAAUUCUAUAAUAUGAAAUGCUAUGUAAAGUUUUCUAUGUAAAAAUACUAUGUAUAAUACUGUUAAAAUAUCCCAUGCUUUAAUCAGGUGGUAAAUCAAUAAAGUUUUAAAAAGU